CUUUCUGAGUUAACUUCAAUAAUUACUUCCUCCAAACCAUCAACGUGUCUUUUAGACCCCAUUCCUACAAAACUGCUCAAAGAAGUCCUGCCAUUAAUUAACUCUUCAAUCUUAAAUAUGAUCAACCUAUCUCUAAUAAUCGGCUAUGUACCACAGGCCUUCAAGGUGGCUGUAGUUAAACCUUUACUUAAAAAGCCAUCUCUAGACCCAGCUGUUUUAGCUAAUUAUAGGCCAAUCUCCAACCUUCCUUUCAUAUCAAAAAUCCUUGAAAGAGUAGUUGUCAAACAGCUAACUGAUCAUCUGCAGAGGAAUGGCUUAUUUGAAGAGUUUCAGUCAGGUUUCAGAGCUCAUCACAGCACAGAAACAGCUUUAGUGAAGGUUACAAAUGAUCUUCUUAUGGCCUCUGACAGUGGACUCAUCUCUGUGCUUGUCCUGCUAGACCUCAGUGCAGCGUUCGAUACUGUUGACCAUAAUAUCCUAUUAGAGCGAUUAGAACAUGCUGUAGGUAUUACAGGUACUGCACUGCAGUGGUUUGUAUCAUAUCUAUCUAAUAGACUCCAAUUUGUACAUGUAAAUGGAGAGUCCUCUUCACACACUAAGGUCAAUUAUGGUGUUCCACAGGGUUCAGUGCUAGGACCAAUUCUGUUUACAUUAUACAUGCUUCCCUUAGGCAGCAUCAUUAGAAGACAUAGCAUAAAUUUUCACUGCUAUGCAGAUGACACGCAGCUCUAUCUGUCCAUGAAGCCAGGUAUCACAGACCAAUUAGUUAAACUGCAGGAAUGUCUUAAAGACAUAAAGACCUGGAUGGCCGCUAACUUUCUGCUUCUUAAUUCAGAUCAAACUGAGGCAGAAUGUUACAGGCAUAACUCUAAAGGAGAGACUGUGGUGCGGGGCGGUUUCGGUCAGGAGGAGUGGAGGGCGGCACGUGGAGUAGUGUUUGCGGGAGAGGUCGGCAGACCAGGGUUGGCAGUGAUGGAGGGCGGAAGGAGUGAGUGGAAUAGUAUGGAUGGUAUUGAAGAGGAAGAGAUUGGCGGUCAGGGUGAUGAGAAUGAGUGGGAAAAGAGACAGGUUGUUGACUCUCAGUCCGUCAGCUGUUGCAACUCUCUGUUUGCUGACUCGUCGUUCUUGCUGAUGAGACCCACCACAGUCGUGUCAUCAGCAAACUUGAUGAUGUGGUUCGAACAGUGCAUUGCUCCACUGAGUCAGCAGAGUGAACAGCAGUGGGCUGAGCACACAGCCCUGAGGGGCUCCAGUGCUCAGUGUGGUGGUGUUGGAGGUGCUGUUAACGACUGUCUGAGGUCUCUCUGUCAGAAAGUCCAGGAUCCAGUUGCAGAGGGAGGUGUUCAGGCCCAGCAGGCUCAGAUUUCCAAUCAGGUGCUGAGGAUGAUUGUGUUGAAUGCUGAACUGAAGUCUAUGAACAGCAUUCGUACAUAUGUGUCCUUAUUGUCCAGGUGGGUGAGGGCGAGAUGUAGGGUGGUGGUGAAGGCGUCUUCUUUUGACCAGUUGGGGGCGAACUGCAGUGGGUCCAGUGUGGGUGGCAGCCGGGUCUUAAUGUGCCUCAUGAUGAGCCUCUCGAAGCACUUCAUCUUUUAA